UACUUGGGGGACUUUAACUCAGCAGCAGGUCCGCGUCCAACAAAGAGCCGUUUGAAACCGAAAACAUGGCUUUGGAUGUCAAGUCCAGAGCUAAACGAUAUGAAAAACUAAACUUUCUCGGAGAGGGUCAGUUCGCUACAGUUUACAAGGCAAGAGACAAAACUACAAAUACCAUUGUUGCAAUUAAAAAGAUUAAAGUCGGACACAGAACAGAGGCAAAAGAUGGAAUCAACAGAACAGCCCUCAGAGAAAUCAAGCUGCUGCAGGAGUUGAGUCAUCCAAAUAUUAUUGGACUCCUCGAUGCCUUCGGACACAAAUCCAACAUUAGCCUCGUGUUUGACUACAUGGAGACUGACCUAGAGGUCAUCAUAAAAGACACAAGUCUUGUAUUGACACCAGCCAAUAUUAAAGCCUACAUCCUGAUGACACUUCAGGGUCUGGAGUACUUACACCAUCACUGGAUCCUGCACAGGGAUUUGAAGCCAAAUAAUUUGCUGCUCGAUGAAUUUGGGGUACUGAAACUUGCUGAUUUUGGAUUGGCCAAAGCCUUUGGAAGUCCUAACAGAGUUUAUACACAUCAAGUAGUAACCAGGUGGUACCGUUCUCCAGAGCUGCUCUUCGGGGCCAGGAUGUAUGGGGUGGGAGUGGACAUGUGGGCAGUAGGUUGCAUCUUAGCUGAACUCCUACUCCGAGUCCCCUUUCUGGCUGGAGAUUCUGACCUGGAUCAGCUAACAAAGAUAUUUGAAACUCUGGGAACUCCAACCGAAGAAACAUGGCCUGGGAUGACUAGUCUUCCAGAUUACGUCUCGUUUAAACUGUUUCCUGGCACACCAUUGGAGCACAUUUUUAGCGCAGCGAGCGAUGACCUUUUGGAGCUCCUGAAGGGCAUGUUUACCUUUAACCCCUGCACCCGCCUCACAGCCACAAAGGCAUUGAAGAUGCCAUAUUUUAGCCAAAAACCAGCUCCCACCCCAGGCCCUCAGCUUCCCCGACCAAACUGUUCAGCAGAAGCUCUUAAAGAAAAAGAAAAUCUCACGAUCGGGAUUAAAAGAAAACGAGAUGCUAUUGAACAAGGAACCCUGAAGAAAAAGUUGGUGUUUUAGGUGAUGUGGUUUGGAGACUCUUGCCUGUUUUUGAGCCAUGUCACCUCUAGUGCUGCUACAGAUAACCCCCUUAUAAAUAAUGAAUUGGUCAACCUUUCAUAUAAGAGCUAAUUGUGACUGCUGGAACGGGCAUAUUUAUGUUGAUUAGAUUGAUCAUAUUUUUUGUUAUUUUUAUACACAUGGUAUGUAAUUAAAUUAUGGUGGUAACGUG